UCUGUUCGACGUUCAUUCCGCUGCCGUAAAGAGUUGUGGUGAAACAUCAUCAACUCAAACCAACUCAAAUUUAGUUCCGCAGGUGUUGUAAAUCAGCUGAGCUUUAGCAAAACGAGACACACGGUGAGAGUUUUACAUUUCUAGGUAUUGGGACUUUUUAAAUUGGCAACAAAUGUGAGGAGCUAGUGCUGACAAUAUACUAAAGUGAGAGAGGAACUGAACUAUACCGGCAUCAACGAGAAGCUCAUGACAGCGGGUGCACGAGGAGGAAACUUCCCAGUUGAGCAGAACAGCCUGUCUUGAUGUGUUAAUAAUCAUGGACGCCGUAGUGAAAUUCACAAGCCAAAGCCAAGGGAGAGACCGUAUAUUCAGAGCUACACAGUAUGCCUGUGCACUGUCGAUAUAUUUACUACGAAACAAGCCUGAUAAAAAGGAUCUGGUGGCCAGACUUAAAAGUUUGGAAAAUAAUACAAGUGCUGGACGAAAAUUGCUCAGGCUAGGAAAUGCAGCCAAUUCCAUUGUGGCUGCUAAACAAACCAUGCAACUCUCUGACCGAGUGCUGUGCCUGUGCCUCACAAUGGCCAACAUCAACAGGGCCCUCUACUUUAUCUGUGAUAAUGUAGUGUGGGCCACAAAUGUUGGCCUCAUCCGCAGCAUCGACAAGGAACGCUGGAGCAUAAAUGCCUCUCGCUACUACCUCUUCUCAUUAGUGAUGAAUCUGACCCGAGACCUAUAUGUAAUUCUCCAGUUGAUGCAACAGAAAGGGAGAGAUAACCGCCUCAAAAGCAAAAUGGACCAGCAUCUAAGUGACUAUCCUGAAGUGGCGGAAGCCGUUAUUCCUGAGUUGGAUGCCCUUAUUUUCCUGCUUCUGGAGACUCUGAGAUCAGAACCAACUGUUGCCUUGGACACUGUCAAAAACAUCUGUGAUCUCUUCAUUCCUUUAGAUAGGCUGGGCAUUUACAAGUCAAGUGCAGGAGUUGUUGGAUUUUGUGGGCUGUUAUCUUCCCUGAUUGGCAUUUUAACCCUCGCGCGACCUACUUUGAGGAUUAAACCCUGAUAAGAAGGGUGGAGUUGACCAAAGGUUUAAACAGAUCAAUGAUUUAAUUUUAAAUAACACAAGCCAGCAAUAACAGGGAAGAUUGUACAUUUUAAUGAUAAUUGUGUUGUGGCUUUAAAGCAGAAUCUGGAUUUACUUUAAGGUUUCCUGGCAAUAAUAUAAUUAGAGAUGCAUCAAUCAAGCAUUUCAUGUUAGAUAUCAAUUUUUACUUUUUUCUGAAGUCUAACUUUUCAAUUGAGAUAUUUUUUUUUAUUAAAUAAGGUAAAUUAAGGGAUUGCAGGAUAAUUAUUUAACAUAUAAAAUCAUGGCCCUAACCUGUGUGUGAUUUUAAUAUUCUCAUAGGAAGUACAAAGUACCUUUUACUGGUUGAUUGCAAAUUCAAAUUUUGUUAAUGCUUGUAUGUGAUAUAUUUAAUGGCCAGUAAAAAAGUUCAGAUUUGACCGACAGUCAACGGACAAAUUUCUUUUUCUGAAUAACUGGUGCAUCUCUAAAUAUAAUUAACAGCAGCUUCCUGUUGGGAAUAACAACCUAAGAUCAAAGACUUGACUUUGUUGCAUUCCUGUUUUCUACACUACCAGCCGUUUCACAACUGAUAGACGCCCAAGUGAUACGAAACAAAAAUUGUUUAUAUUGCCGGGAUGUUCAUCUGCUUUCAAAAAUGUUUAAUAUUUUUUAUUUGUGGAAUUGUUUGAAGAUUACUGGUCAUCUGGCCUUUUUACUAUUUCAUACUUUUGAAAUCUAUUGGGUUUUAUACAUCACCUAACUAUGCAAGAUGUUUUGUCCAGACUAGGUAACAAUUUGUACCCGUAUUCGUGACUUGUGAUUAACAAUUGGUUCAUAGUGAGAAAAUAGGAAUCUGUGACUCAAAAAAGUAAGAUUAACAGAAUGUUACUCAGUUAUUUGAUUUGAUCAGAGAUCAGUGCUAGAGUUGCAGAAAAUUUAGAAUUAUGUAAACUUUUUAAAAGAUGUUUUAAAAUUCAAGGAAAAGGGAUGACAAUCUAAUUUAUCUCCAUAUUUGAUCAAGAAUGUUUAGAAAAGUGAACUAUUGUCCAAGUGUUGACUAGAAUAGUUUAUUUGCCAGCACGAAAGGGAAGAAGAUUGAGAUUAAAUAAAUUGCUACGCAAUGGGAUUACAAAUUGAGUGUUACUUAUUGUUCAGGCCACUGCCAGUGCUGUGCUUAUUGUUUGGGAUAAAAUGCUGCUAAUUUGAUAUGACUGGAGAGUUAGUGGCUUCUGUCAAAUGAGGGAAAGCAUUUAUCUUUUAAUGUGCUACUGAAACAAUCUGCUAUAAAUAGUGUUGAUGAGGUUAACUCAAAGAAAAGUGAUAGAGGAUUAAGAGGAAAAACUUUGCAUGGCCAUUUUAUUUGUUCAAGAAGUGUUUGAGCUAAAAAUACUAGGAAAACUGGUUUGCAACUAAAUGUAUUGGAAUUUGCUCGAUGCAACAUGCUUGUCUUUCAGAAGUAGUUACGCUGCUCUCUUUAAGGAAAAUGACAACUUGUACAAUUGAAGAGCUUUUUAUUUUCAGUUUCACUCAGACAACAAUACAUUUUUUGUAAAAGAUUAUUCUCCAGAGAUGUUAUAUUCAUUCAGAUAUUGCAAAAAUACAGUAUAUUCCAUUGUCUCUUUCUC